AUGAUAGAACAAACACCAAAAAGAGAACAGCUACACAUGUUUGAUUUAUUAGAAUGUGCAUACUCUUUAGAUAAUAUAGAAGCAUACAAUAGUAAUGGUAAUAAUUAUACAACAGUAGCAUUAGCAUUCAGUUUAAAAAAUAGUAAAAGUAAUAACAAUACAACAACAGCAGCACCAGAAUCUACAACAUUCAUUUUAAGAAAUAUUUUUAAUGGUUAUGAAAAAAUAAGUGAACUUAAUAAUGAUGGUCCUGAAAAAAGAUGUGUAAUUUCUUUAUUUUAUCAAUUUCUGAUUUCAAAAUGUUUCCAAAUGAACCUUUUGGGUCAGACAUCUCUAUUUUUCAAAGUUGUUCAACCUCUUUCAAAUUCAUGUUCAAUCUCUUUGAUUCUAUUACCAUUGAUUUCUUCUGAAGUAUUCAAUGAGAUGAUUGGUGAACUAUUAGCACCUGCAUUUGAACUACCAACAUUAGAUUUUGAUGAAUUUGAUGCUACCGCUUUUAAUGGAUUUCUUUGUAAAAGAUUUAUUUGUUCUGCUUUAUCUUCGAAUUCAUCAGUUUAUUUAGAAACCAAUAUUGAUCCCCUCUAUCAGUACGAGAACUCUGUGAAGUAUAAUGACCAGUGUUGA